AGCAUGGCCAUGACCGCGCGCCCACUAAUGGCUGCGCGUGCUCUCUGUAUUCUCGGCGUUGCUGCCGCCUUGCGGGCGCCGCGACUGCAGCAACGCACGACCGCGUUGCGCACGGCGACGAUCUCGGCGCCGGACACGGGCAUCUACAGCGUCGGGUGCGAGGACACGUCCGCGAGCCUGACUCGGCUGGCGGCGCGGUCCGACUCCUGGGCCGCGACGACGAUGGCGGAGCGCGUCACGGUCGCCGAGGCGAUCCUCGACGCGCUGAGGGAGGAGGACUGGGGCGGCGCGUGGCUCGAGGCCCAGGUGGACCUCGAGGGCAUCGUCGGCGCCGACGCGCGGCGCACGUCGGCGUCGCAGACGCGCUUCGUCUUCGGGUCUACGGUCAAGGACAUGGUCGCGUCGUUCGUCGAGGCGCACGGCGGCGACGGUCAGUCGGAGCGCCGCACGGCGCUCCUCAAGGGCGAGGCCGUCGCCGUCGGCGCGGCCGUCCCCGGCGCGACGAUGGAGGUCCGAAGGGGGGAGAAGCCGGCCCAAACCGGCGCCGCACCGGGCACGGUGACGCUCGUGCUCGGCGCGGGGAACCAGUCCUUCCUCACGCUGCUCGACGCGCUCCAGCGCGCUUUGGUCGACGGCGAGACCGUGCUCGUGAAGCACCACCCGCUGCGCCCGUGGCUCGCGGACCCGUUCGCGAAGAUCCUCGGCCCGCUCGUGGAGCUCGACGUCGUCGCGCAGACGUUGGACGCCGGCGUCGUCGAGGCGUCGGCGCUCGUCGCCGACCCGCGCGUCGGCCACGUCCACAUCACGGGCUCCGAGGCGACGCGCGACGCGGUCCGAAAGACGCUCGACGCCGCGGGCAAGGCCGCCGUCGCCAUCUCCGCGGAGCUCGGCUGCGCGACGCCCUGGCUCGUGCCCCCGGGCGAGUGGACCGCCAAGGAUCUGGCGAACGCCGCGUCCGCGCUCGUCGCGGGCAAGAAGGCGAACGGCGGCUCGAACUGCCUGAGCCCGCAGGUCGUGCUUUUGGCCGACGGCUGGCCGCAGAAGGACGCGUUCCUCGACGAGGUCGCGGCGCAGAUCGCGGCGCAGCCGACGUGGAAGGCCUACUACCCCGGCGCCGCGGGCCGCCGCGACGACGUGUUGCAAGCCUACGGCCGGGCGCGCCUCGGCGACGGGAACGACGACGUCGCUUUGCUGGACGUCGGCGUCGCGGGCGCCCCGGGCUUCGACGGGUCGGCGUUAUCGAAAGAAGUCUUCGGCCCGCUGCUGGCCGUCUGCGCCCUGCCGGGCGGCGCCGCGGCGGGCCCGUGGCUCCGCGACCAGGCCGUGCCCUUCGCGAACUCGGACGCCGUCCUCGGCUCGCUGAGCUGCACGCUGCUCGCGCCGGCGAGCCUCGAGCCCGCCUUCGUCGACGCGGCCGUCGACGGCCUCAACUACGGCGCCGUCGCCGUCAACUGCUGGUCCGUCUUCUGCUACACGGCCAUGUGCAACGGCGGCACCUGGGGCGCGCACCCGACGGACGUCGGCGAGCGGUCCGGCGCGGGCGCGAUCGGCAACGUCUUCGGCGUGCCCGACGCGGCGAAGACCGUGGUCCGCGCGGGCACCCUGGAGAAGCCCGGCGUCGACCUCGCGAAACCGCCGCCGGCGCUCGUCUUCGACGCGCUCCACGCGGCGCUGCUGAAGCACGAGGGGUCGAGCGCGCUCAAGGCGGCCCUGAACCUGCUCCUCCGCCGCGGCCUCGGGAAGGUGAACGUGAUCCCCGGCCUGAAGGGCCCCAAGUUCGGCGCCGCGCUCCCCUGAACUGUAACAUUAGGCCGGC